AUGACUGCCUCUACAGUCGUUCGUCAACGUCUCGAGACGGUCAAGACCAAUCUCAAAGCGAAAACCAAGCCCUCGGGAUGGAUUUUGCCCAAACAGUCCACCUCCUUCUCCGACAAGGGCACCUACUCCAAUAUUGACAUGGACGUGACACCCGAGGAGCGUAGAACCUGGACGUCGCUCACAAUAUUCGGUUUCUGGAUAUCGGAUUCUCUCAACGCUCAGGGCUGGAUGGCACCAGCAUCCAUCAUCGCCCUGGGUCUAACCUGGCGCGAGGCGAUUUACUCGAUCAUCCUAGGCCUCUCCAUCACCGCGAUCCCACUCGUGCUGAACGGCGCCAUCGGAGCGCAUCUACACGUCCCCUUCCCUGUAGCAGUGCGCUCCUCCUUCGGCUUCUUCUUCGCGCGCUUCGCCGUCAUCGUUCGCAUGAUCACCGCGCUCUUCUGGCACGCCAUCCAGACGUACACAGGGUCGACAGCCAUGACGCAGAUCAUCCGGGCGAUCUGGCCGAGUUAUCUCAAUAUCCCCAACCAUCUCCCGGCGUCAGCGGGGAUUACGAGCCAGCAGUUGCUGUCGCAUUUCAUCUUUUGGAGUGUGCAGUUUCCGAUUUUGCUGAUCCCGCCACAUAAGCUGAAGUGGUUCUUUGUCUUCAAGGUGGUUGUUACGGUUACGGCGAGUGUUGGCACGGUCGUGGCGAUGACGGUGAAGGCGGGUGGUUCGGGUGAUAUCUGGAAUCAGGAGUACCAGGUCCAUGGCUCGGAGCGGUCGUGGCUGAUUCUGGCCAGUAUGAUGUCCGUGGCGGGCGGCUGGGCGACAAUGGCUACCAACGUGCCCGACUUCACCAGAUACCUCAAAAACCCGCGGGGCGUGUACUGGCAGGGAUUCUUCCUCCCUUUCAUCGCGACCAUGCUGGGCAUCUUCGGUAUCAUCUCCUGCUCAGCGGCCAAGGUCGUCUACGGCGAAUACAUAUGGGAUCCUUUGACUCUCGCCUCCAAGUGGGAAGGACCAGCUGGACGCUGCGGUGCCUUCUUCGUUGGCUUCUGCUGGGUCGUGGCCCAGAUCGGAACGAACUUGUCCGCCAACGUCAUCUCCUACGCCAACGACAUGGUCAGCCUGUUCCCGAAGUACAUCAGCAUCCGUCGUGGUGUCAUCUUCGCCACGAUCAUCGCUGGCUGGGCCAUGGUGCCUUGGAAGAUUGUGUCGAGCGCGCAGUCCUUGCUGACAUUCAUGGCUGGGCUGGCAAUCUUCCUCGCACCCAUCUCUGCUAUCCUGGCUUGCGAUUACUGGCUGGUCAAGCGACGCCACAUUGAUGUUCCAAGUCUGUAUCGUCGCAACAAGCGAUACCACUACUGGCACGGCUUCAACUGGCGAGCAGCGCUGGCCUUCCUCGUCAGCGUGACUCCCAACAUCCCUGGUCUCGCCCAAGCAGUCAAUCCAGAUAUCAAGCUGUCGGCUGGAAUUGUCCAUCUUUACGACAUCAACUACAUCUAUGGCCUUGUCAACGCCGCAGUCCUCUAUUACGCCGUGUCGUAUUUCUUCCCGGCCAAGGAGACUCUCCUCCCAGAAAGCAUCUACGACGAUGACCAGGUCGUCGAAGGCGUGGAGUACGAUGAAGAUGGAGAGAAGCUGCCGAACAAGGAAGAGGUCGAGAUCUCAGUCGAACCAAGGAAGCACAGCAGGGAGCUUUAUGAUGUCUAA